AUGUAUAAUGCUGUAUCUCGCUGUAUCUCGAUGUAUCAUGCUGUAUCUCGCUGUAUCAUGCUGUAUCUCGCUGUAUCAGGCUGUAUCUCGCUGUAUCAUGCUGUAUAUCGCUGUAUCAUGCUGUAUCAUGCUGUAUAUCGCUGUAUCAUGCUGUAUCUCGCUGUAUCAUGCUGUAUCUCGCUGUAUCAGGCUGUAUCUCGCUGUAUCAUGCUGUAUCUCGCUGUAUCAGGCUGUAUCUCGCUGUAUCAUGCUGUAUCUCGCUGUAUCAUGCUGUAUAUCAAUGUAUCAUGCUGUAUUUUGCUGUAUCAUGCUGUAUCUCGCUGUAUCAUGCUGUAUAUCAAUGUAUCAUGCUGUAUUUUGCUGUAUCAUGCUGUAUCUCGCUGUAUCAUGCUGUAUAUCAAUGUAUCAUGCUGUAUAUCGCUGUAUCAUGCUGUAUCUCGCUGUAUCAGGCUGUAUCUCGCUGUAUCAUGCUGUAUCUCGCUGUAUCAUGUUGUAUCUCGCUGUAUCAGGCUGUAUCUCGCUGUAUCAUGCUGUAUCUCGCCGUAUCAUGCUGUAUAUCAAUGUAUCAUGCUGUAUUUUGCUGUAUCAUGCUGUAUCUCGCUGUAUCAUGCUGUAUAUCAAUGUAUCAUGCUGUAUUUUGCUGUAUCAUGCUGCAAAUCUCGCCUAAUUGACGACUAUUACGUCAGCGGCAAAAAGAAGCGCAGCGAAUUGACGCGAUGGGCAGGGAAUUAUUCCAUCCAGUAG